GUUUCACUCCCCUCCCGAUAUUCUCUCACCCCAUCCGAUCAGGGGGAGCGCUGCAGCGACGGGAAGACCUACUCCAGCCGCCGCUGCCGUCGCCGGGCAGUGCCGGUGGCGUCCUGAGGGCAUCAGGACGUUGAGGAGGACUUCUACCUCGACUACAUCACCUCUGCAUCAAGCCUGCACCAAGCAGGCGAUCAUGUCCACUGCCGUGACACCUUCCGCUCCAUUCCGGUCCGACACGAUCGAACCACUUACGGGGAGUAACUUCCCUCGUUGGAAGUCCCAAGUCGAAUUAUGUUUGGGUUGUAAUGAAUUUGACUAUGCCUUGAGGGAAGAAAAACCUGUGGCACCUGUGGCAGGUGUCACAGGGUAUGCAGAACUCAAGAAGGAGUAUGAUGUUAAGAUGGAAAAGUGGAAUAAGUCCAACCAUAUUGCGCUUCUCAUCAUGAAAGCGACAAUAUCGCCGGACAUUUCUGAAGCACUCCCUAAGAAAGAUACUGCUAAAGAUUUCCUCACUGAAAUGGAGGAGCAAUUUAAAGGCUCCGACAAAGUGUAUGCUCAUGAGCUUUUUGCUAAACUUCUUCAGAAAUACACUAUUGACGGAAAUGUUAGGCAGCACAUAUUGAGGGUGGUAAAUGCUUUCACCAAGCUUAAGGCUUUGGAGUGUUCUUUAAGUGAAGCCCUUCUUGUCAUAAUUAUUCUUGAGUCUCUUCCUGAAGAGUUUGAACAAUUUAAGGUCAACUAUAACUCUCUAAAGGAAAAAUGGCCACUCUCUGAGAUGACCGCAAGGAUCGUCCAGGAGGAAGAAAGGAUCAUGAGGCAGAAGAAAGACCAUGUCUUUCAUGUUGGCUCUAACAAGAGAAAGCAUGACGGACAAGGUUUCCCUAAGCCUCAGAAAAGGCAAGUCAAGAAAGAAGGCACUAAGCCAUUCAACCCUAAGGCAUUCAAGGGUAAAGAAGCCGGUGGUUCUUCUUCUGCUCCUAGCAGCUCCACUGCUGGAGAAAAUGCUUGUAACUUCUGCAAAGAAGAGGGACACUAUCAAAGGGACUGCCCAGGCUUUCUAAAAUGGAUGAACAAAAGAGGGAUUCGAUACGAUCCAAACCAUAAGAGGAGGAACAAGAAAGCUUAAGGUUGCGAACGGAGUUGAGGCCGAUGUUGAAGCUGUGGGAUCUCUCACGUUGGAGCUACACACUGGCCACACUCUUAGAUUGAAUAAUGUUAUUUAUGUGCCUACCUUAAGUAGGAAUUUGAUUUCAGUUUCUCGUUUAGAUGAUGAUAUGUAUGAGUGCCAUUUUGGCAAGAAACAAUUUGCUUUGAUCAAAUGUAAUAAGAAUGUAGGCAUCGGUGUUAGACGAGGCCAACUAUACAUGUUAUCUCUUCAUAAUGAUUCAGUUAUGCAUGUGAGUGAUGAAAUUAAUGUUGAGAAGAAAUGGAAAGGAGUAAGUAAUUCUUCGAAAUUGUGGCAUUGUCGUUUGGGCCACAUUUCGAGGGGGAGAAUGGAACGCUUAGUUAAAAAUGAAA